AUGUCCUCUGCCCCGCCAACAAGUGGACUUCCACCUAGAACAUGGACACGAGACACCAAUCGCGAAUUCUUCAUUUCAACCAAACCAAAGUUACUCUCUGUCAAAGCAGUCAAUGCUGCGUUUGAUAGAGACUUCGUUUACUGGGCCAAGAAGCCUCUCCCAGAGCAGGUGCUCUGGCAAAUGCUUCACGGGUCUUUGAGUUUCGGCGUGUACAGGUGGACCCAGCCCAUAGAAUCUGUGAAUGAUUCUACCACGCCGUGUUCUGAGAACACCGAACAGAUUGGACUUGCGCGAAUGGUCACAGAUGGUUGUUCAUUUGCUUAUCUGUCGGAUACCUACGUUCUCCCUGAGUACCAAGGCAACGGGCUCGGGAAAUGGCUUGUGGCUUGUGUUGCUGAGGUUUUUUCCAAGGAGAACAUGCCGUAUCUGCGUCGCAUUAUGUUGAUCACUGAUCAUGAGCGCAUGCAGGAAUUUUACAAGAAGAUGUUUGGCGUAAAGGUCGUCGGACAUGAAGAACGAAAGGACAUGGGAAGGGAUUUAGUGUUUAUGUGUGCAAGACCGAAUGCACAGCCAUCAUUAGAUCAAACCAAUUGA